AUGAAAGACACAAAUGUUCCAGGCAACUCCGAUUGUGAGCACGACAAAUUGUCUCUACUUCGAGGCUGGACAGCCGCUUUCGAAAUUAUCAUGAGUUUUAUGACCGCUGCGCCAUAUGGUAUGGCGGCUGAUAUAUAUGGACGUAAACGAAUACUCCAAUUGUCCAUUGCGGGUAUCAUCUUGGCGCAGGCAUUUGACGCGGUUAUAUGUGGUUUCCCAGAAACGUUCCCAAUCCACUUAAUGGGGUUGAAAGGAGUUUGGGCUCUAAUAGGGGGCGGUAGCACCGUUCUUUCGGCCAUGAUAUUCACCAUAGCAAGCGACAUCAGUCUAGAUACGCAAAACUGGAUUUCCAUAUACGCCGGGUUUGGUUGCCUAGUCGCGUCGUUCUGGAUCGCGCUCUCCUUGCCAGAGACUCUCGUACCAGAACUGAGGAGUGGUGGCCCAAUGAUGGCAUCUGAGACACGAAUCCCUUCGUCUCACAACUUUCGACUCACGCAUCGCUUCCUGAUCGAGAAGCUACGCUUUAGCCCACUGAGAAAGGACAUAUUCAUCUCACGGGCUAGCAUUAUAGCUCUUGUGACCGGAUCUUUGGUCAUAGCAAUUGCAAAACAGGCCCAGUCAACCAUAGUAAUCGCAGCCAUCUACGUCUAUGCUCUUGGAUGUGGCUAUAAUCCAGCUAUGUAUAGCCUCCUUGGCCUUUUAUCCGGGGGCCAUCACAUUGGCAUACUGUAUGCAACUAUUGGCGCAAUGCAAAGUAUAGGUACCUUUAUUGCCGGCCUAAUGUUUGGGGUCUCGGUUCAAAUUGUGCCAUUUAUUUUCACAUUUCUGUUCCUGGCUGUUGUUGUGGGUUCCUUAUUUUGUUUGAAGUUGGAAGAGAGAGAGGAAGGAGAGCCAAUUUGGAUUGAUAUGGAUUAUCUUGAAUCACACAGCAAUUGGUAA